CUCAACACUUCAUCUUCUCCUCCUUUCUCGUUGUAUUUCCAGCCAUUAUCCCCCCCAAUUGUACGAUUAUCUUCGACGCCUCAUGCUGGCCAUGAUCACAUCACAUUUAGCCAAUAUCCAGUCACUCUCCCCUUGUUCCCUGCACACUUAACGCUCAGCCCUGUCCCAUAUCACCCACCGCCGAACCGUGGGUAACAGUCCGGUCACACAAGACACAACCAACCACGGUCAGGACCGCAACCCUUAUCCAGGUGCAAGGUCUGGGACCAACAGCCAGAGACCAUGCAGUCCUCUUCUCCACCCCCUCAGACACCCACGAUUCAACGGCCGGACCCGCUCGACGACUCAGAUUCAGACAGCUCCCAGGUCACCACCCACCGUCGCUCUCCCUUGCCUCCUCGCUCCGUCACCUCCCCGACGAACAGCACCACCAAACUGCUGCCACAGAACUACUCAAGACCGGGCGCAAUACAAACCACCUCCUCCCCCCGCACCGAUCUGCCCCUGCGCGCAGACGAGCAUGCAAGCCAACCCGAACUCGGCGCGCGUCUAGGCCACCGUCCACGCCAACGAUCUCAAGGCUACUUCGAGCCCUCCCUCCCUUCCAAUUCCUCCUCUGCGAUGUCCUCCCAGAACAACCUUUCCGCCUCCCAGAUCGCGGCCCAGGCCGCCAUGCACGUGCAGAACGCGCAGCACAUGAGGAAACGCUCCACGACCAUUCCUGAGCCCGGGAGCAACAAUGCGGGGCCGCCGGGCAGCAGAGGACAGCCACCAUCGAGCCCCCCGCCACUGCCUGGAUCGCACUCAAUCACCUUCAAGACGAAUGGGAUGACGUAUCAGAAUGGGACGAUGGGAACAGGGAGAUCGGCUGCGACGACAGCUGCGAACGCUGCGUUUCCUAGAUCUCCUCUCAGCUCGCCGGGAAUCCAACAGCCUGGCCAGCAGGAACAUACGUCACCGAAGCCUGCGCCGCCACCGGCGUCGUUGGUGCAAGAAACGUUACCCUUGAAGCCGGUCAAGGAGAAGGGUAGUAAGAUGAAGUUGUUCUCCAAACCGAAGAACAUCAGGACCGACAAAGAUGCUCAUUGGGAUAAGAGGAACCAGGCCCUGCCGUCGCCGGGCAAAAUUGGCAUUGGCAUCCACAGCUCGCAGGCAUUGAAUCGCAUGAUGAGCAGCCAGUCGACAACGAGCUUGGUGGAUCCGUUGGGAAGCAGUGGUGCAUCGCUGUAUUCGACAGCUAAUGGCUCGACCUCUACCUUGGUUCCAUCGAUCCCAGAGAGAGAAAAGGAGAAACACAAACAUCACUUUCUGUCGCGGCAGAAGCACAAGUUGAAAGAGAAGGAUGAUCAUAUGUUACCUCUAUCUUCAGCAAGCAGCACUUCUCGAUUAACCGACCCGAGCGCUACACAACCAUUAUAUUCAUUCGCCGCGCCUGCAUCGCCAGCCCCUGGAAGUUCCUUUGCGAACUCGGUAACUGGGUUGGACCUAAGACAUGGCGGUCGACACUUGCGCGAGAAGAAGAAGGCAGAGAAAGCAGCUGCUUAUUUAGAUCCUUCUCUAGAGCCUCCAUUCCGGGAACGCAAUCAAUCUUUCAGCACAGAGCGAUCGGAAUGGCCAUCUAUAUCUGGUAGCUUAGGCUCGACGCCUGGCGGAGGAUUGGGCGCUUCACCAGGCACCGCGUUGACAUAUUCAAGUGAUGCAAUGUCGACUUUGGGGCAUGCGUUUGGAAUUGGAGGAUUAUCGCCUGACGAUGCAUGGCCACUGCUUAAAGCAAGAUUAUUGCAGAUCUUUGAGGGCGAGGACCCGCGACCGCCUGUGGAGGACUUCAAUGCUCUCGUGGCCGUUCAUGUGAAGCGAUGCAUUCAGAAGCGCUCUCCGAUCCUUCUCAUAGAGGACCUUGGGGAACUCCUCACCACGGGAUUCUCCUCUCUCGACCAAACCCUGCGCCAUGUCCCAGACGAUCGCCUCAUUCCUCAUUUGGUGGAAAUGUGGCUGGUCGUCUUCACCACCAUCCUCCCUUUCCUACAGGCCGUAUUCCUCCCACUCGAUCUUGAGUUCCGCGGCAAAGGCAUUAUGAGCUCCUCUGCCGCCGCCGACUUUUGGGGCGUCCUGCUCCCAGACGAGAUGAACACCAAGUCUCCGGAAAAUAAGAACAUCCCCAUUCUUGGUGAGCUGGACGUCCGCCGCAUCACACUCCUCACCUUCCGCGACACCGUCAUCCUUCCCCGAAACGACACUCUUAUGGCCAUCUUCUCCCGCCUCUCCCUGGAAAACCUCAACGCCGGCCUCGAAUCGCCCUCUCCAAUCCCCGUAUCCACAGCUUCAGAUCAGCAACUCCGCCCCGGCACCGCAGGAUCCACGAGCGAACUCCACGUCGGCGGCUCCAGCCUAAACUCAACAUCCCAAGGCUCAACCUCAUACCUCGAAUCCGCCCACUCCAUGACCUCCUCCACCACCCUCGCCUCCUCCUCCCGGUCCCGCGCAACCUCCAACACCUCCGCCGGCUCCUUCUCCGCACACUCCACCCACUCCGUCCCGACCAACAACCUCCUCUCCGCGCCACCACCCGCCAGCCUUCCCCCCGCAAUGCGCCCACAACCCAUGGACUCCGCCAAAGUCACCGAGACCGUCGGUCGCAUGCUCCAGUGCGUCAGCGUGCUCGUCAGCCUGCAGUCCGGCGACGAAGCCCAGGAGAAGAUGUCCAGACUCAACAAGGAACUCAAGUACAACUGGCUCGGGCGAGGCCGCACUGGAAGACAAAGGCAAGGGUUCGUGGGACCCAGGAGGGGCGGGGGAAUCACGUUGGGUCUUCCGCCUGGUGGUAUUGCCGCUGUCGCUGCUGCCGUUGGCGGUGGAGGCGGUAUUCCCGCUUGAUCUGUGGUGGGAAGAUUUUAAGCCAAUGUUUUCUCUUUUUCAUCGUAGGGUUUCAUGGCGUGUGUUGGAUAUGGGGAUUCGGUAUGGCAAAAGGGAUAUGUAUGGAUGUAGAGAUAGGAAGGCAGGCGUAGGCAAGUAACGUCUGGCAACGUUGUCGGGUAUUGAGCGGAUUAGCGAUGGGCCUCAUGAAUGGGGGAAAUCACGAUAGAUUCUUUAGAUACCUCAGCUUUGGGUAACUAGCUACCUUUGAAAUCAUACAAAACACACUACACACCGUCAUGGCCAUCACAUAAGUAAUCACCAUGUCCAUCCGCGACCUAAAUGUCGAAAGAAACAA